CUAGAGAGCUGAUUGAGACAGAUUGAGUGUGGAUUUCUUUUAUUUCUGUUCGUUGUUCUCAUUUUUAACAGUGUCCAAACACAGAGGAAAGCUCCUGCUGAAGCGACUGAUCUCCACACUGUUAUAAAGAUGGCGUUUAUUAAAGAGGAGAGCGAAGACCUGAAGAUUGAAGACACAUUCACAGUCAAACAGGAAGAUCCCGAACAAACAGAGCUGAUGGUGCUGAAAGAAGAGACUCAAGAGAUGAAUGAAAUGAAGGAGAAAGAUCAGAUCGAGACGCACCAAGAUUUAACGACUGAUGAACAAUCAUCAUGUAAGAGAUCUCCGAAAACCAAAUCUGAUUUCAUUUGCAGUCAAUGUGGAAAAGGUUUUAAUCAUCAACCAAACCUCAUCGUUCACAUGAGAAUUCACACCGGAGAGAGGCCUUACUCAUGCGAUCAGUGUGGAAAGAGUUUCAGUCAGAACGAAAAACUCAAAGUGCACAUGAGAGUUCACACCAAAGAGAGGCCCUACACGUGUCCUCAGUGUGGGAAGAGUUUCACUCAAAAAGAAAGCCUUAAUGUACAUAUUAGAGUUCACACCGGGGAGAAGCCGUUUCCCUGUCAGCAUUGUGGAAAGAGAUUCAGUCAACUGCAUGCUCUUAAAGAGCAUGUUACAAUUCACACUGGAGAAAGGCCUCAUGCCUGUACUGUGUGUGGGAAGACUUUCUAUCACAAGCAGAAACUUGAAAAGCACAUGACGGUUCACACCGGUGAGAAGCUUUUCGACUGCCAACAGUGUGGAAAGAGGUUUGGUCAAAAGGACAGCCUGAGGAUCCACAUGAAACUUCACACUAAAGACAAACCACACGCUAAAGAGAAGCCUUACAUCUGCACAGAGUGCGAUAAAGCCUUCGCAAGUAAAAGCAAUCUUAAUCAUCACAUGGUCACUCACACUGGAGAGAAGCCUUUCUCGUGUGAUGAGUGUGGAAAGAGUUUCGGUCAAAAUUCGAAACUUAAAGUCCACAUGAGAGUUCACACCAAAGAGAAGCCUUACUCAUGCGAUCAGUGUGGAAAGAGCUUCAGUCAGAAUGAAAAACUCAAGGUCCACAUGAGAGUUCACACCAAAGAGAGGCCCUACACGUGUCCUCAGUGUGGGAAGAGUUUCACUCAAAAGGAAAACCUCAAAGUACACAUCAGAGUUCACACCGGAGAGAAGCCUUUCCCUUGCCAAGAGUGUGGGAAAAGAUUCAUGCAAUUGCAUGUCCUUAAAGAGCAUCUUAGAACUCACACUGGAGAAAAGCCUUUCGCCUGCCCUCAGUGUAGCAAGACUUACUGCCAAAAACAGAAACUCAAAAUGCACAUGACAGUUCAUGCUAAAGAGAAGCUUUUCCCCUGCCAACAGUGCGGAAAGAGGUUUGGUUAUAGGGGCAGCCUGAAAAGCCACAUGAAACUUCACGCCGAAGACAAACGUCACACUUGCUCUCAAUGUGGUGAGGGUUUUACUAUGAAAAGUCAUCUUAAUUCUCACAUGAGAACUCACUCUGGAGAGCCGUCCUACAGCUGCACACAGUGCGGUAAAACCUUCUCACGUAAAUACGUUCUUAAUUGCCACAUGAGAACUCACACUGGAGAGAAGUCAUGUUCGUAAGGUCAGUCUCACGGUCAUCCAACCUUAACCUCAACCUUGGCGGUGUGUGUUUUUCUGAAUAACACAGUUGAGAACUAGGUUAGCAAGUGUACUGUGAUGUUAGUAACUGUACUAUGGACCAGGUUGUGGCCGGUCGAUACUAUUGGAUACUUUACCAAAGUUGGCAACCUGCAGGUGUUACAGACUGUACCAAAAAGCUAAGGACUGGGGGCAGGCUGAAAUUACGGGAGUUUUCCGGGAGAAAUAGCAAAAUGGGAGGGUGGGGGAGAUGGGUCUGAAAUACAGGAGACUCCCGGGAGUGUUUACGGUGUGGGACUUUCUGUGGGGUUCACCCUAAAUACUCUCAAAACUCACUCUUAACUCUCUAAAACAAGGGUGCCAAAACUUGGUCCUGGAGGGCCGGUGUCCUGCAUAGUUUAGAUCCAACCCCAAUCAGUCACUCCUAGGCUACCCAAAUAAGUUCUUAGUAGGCUUGCUAGAAAUGUCUUGGCAGGUGUGUUGAAGGAAGUUGGAGCUAAGCUCUGCAGGACAUCGGCCCUCCAGGACCAAGUUUGGGCACCCCUGCUCUAAAACAUAUGCUGAAAUUAUUAACCCAGCUGUGCGUGCUUAUCUUGCUCUUGACAUAGUAAUAUAUGUACCAUCCCACUUAAAGUAAAUAAGCAAUCCAUGGAAGUCUAUGGAAGCAUGGGGAACUAAACACUUUGCCGACUGAUUUAACUUUGAACGACGGUCCCUCUCUUUCAAACAAGUAUUUCAGCACCUUGUAGGACGUCAUUCUUUAGGUAUUUGAUGAAGUUCAAAGUCUUGGUUCAGCAUUUAAUUGGAGGUUCAGGGUUGUAAUAAUAGAAGCGUAAAAUCUGUGUGUCCUCCCUCCAGUAUUAAGGGUUACAUAUGUGGCACUAAGGUCCUCAUGGAAAACUCCACAUCCACUGAGUCAAAUUAUGAGAAGAAGCACCACCAAAUUUGGGAAUUUGAAUAAUUUAGAGUCCUAAUGAGUUUAUCUCGCUAACACUGAUAUAAUAACUGAUGAAGACAAGGGUUUACCAAGUGGGGAAGUUAUUUUCAGUAGAGAAAAAUGCACAUAUGGAUUGUGGAGUAUCUUGCUAAUCUUGUAUAUGAUGUAAUCCCUUGUACGACGGUUGAGUUUCCUGGGAGAAAUAAAUAAACUGGAGGGUGACGGUAGAUGGGUGUGAAUUCGAGGUCUGCAUUCCCGCGAGAUUUCUGCGGCCGAGUCGGGCAGCGGGACAACAAAUGUUGAAUAUAAGCGGGAGCGGUCGGGUUCGGGCUAAAACCUGGUGGGAGCGGGAUUCAAAAUUUAGUCCCGCUCAGAUCUCUAGUGUGAAAUACGAGAGACUACCAGGAAAAACGGAAGUGUCGACAAGUACGCAAAAAGCUAAAACCCACUGUGAUGUAUGUUAAGGGUAUGCUGAACCAACAGGCAGCGGUAAAACAUGAGGGGUGGAUUACCAUCCUGCACUACGAACGGCAUGGAAUACGUAACAUGUUUGCCGCUAACGAAUUUGCCUCAUUUGGGUUCACAUGUGAGCUCAGCUGUGUUGGCCAAUCAAAGAGGAUAAAAUAGCACGCACACUGACUUCAUGAGGUAAAAAUUCAGGUUGUGUUGUCCACAUGACAACACUGUACAUUGUAGUUUCAGAAAAUCUUCACCCUGGCCAUAGUUUGUAGAAAGGUUUAGUUAUCUUAUAUGUUCAUUUUUGUGCAAACACACAGAGAAACUGUAGAAAAAGCCAUGGGUUUAAAAAUACCCAAGGGACAAAUCUGCCGCCGUUCAACAUCUGCUGGAAAAUUAGGUUAAACUAAUAGUCAUUUAUGUACAUACAGUGAGGCAAAAAAGUAUUUAGUCAGGCACUAAUUGUGCAAGUUCUCCCACUUAAAAAGAUGAGAGGGGUCUGUACAGGGGUGGACUGGGACUAAAAAUCAGCCCUGGCAGUGUAGCCAUAUAAGCCCACAUUGCCACUCUGACACAGCCCCAUCCACGGACACACACAUUCACUACUUAUAUUGGUGUACAGAUGGUGAAAUAAUAUAAGCAGUACCAUCUGUAAUAGAUAUUUAAACAUUUAAUGUUUGUGACGGAAACAAAAACAACCCGUUUAUAACAAAUUUAUACAAGCAAUCAUUUCAUUCAUAUAUUUCCCUUUCUGCAUAGUCCCUUUAUUAACACGGGAUUGCCACAGCGGAAUGAACCGCCAAC